ACUGGAGCUUGGGGGCGGAGGGGGUUCGGUGUCUGUCCUCUUGGAGAACACAAUCACAGCUGCUUAUUUUAACUCCCCUUUCCAGAAGUUUCCUUGCAGUGCAGGACGGAUUUCACUCCGUGAAGGCCAACGCCUGAGAGGAAACAACAGAUUCCUAGGAAGAUCAGUCACAGCUUGAGAACCAUGUGGGUGAAAAUCCUGGUCAGCCUGUGCCUGUUGAUCAGCGUCGGAGCAGACAAAAAACUCAGCAACCAUGCCACCAUCCUCGCUGAUAACAGCGCCAACCUGGCGUUUAACCUGUACCAAAACAUGGCCAAAGAGAAAGAUGUAGAGAAUAUCCUAAUUUCCCCUGUGGUGAUAGCUUCCUCGUUGGGUCUGGUAGCUCUUGGUGGAAAGGCCUCCACAGCCUCGCAGGUCAAGACAGUCCUCAGUGGGGAUAAAGUAAAGGAUGAGAAUCUCCACUCAGGCCUGGCUGAGCUUUUGAGUGAGGUGAGCAACCCCAAGGAGCGUAAUGUCACCUGGAAGAUUAAUAACAGGCUGUAUGGCCCCAGCUCGGUCAGCUUUUCUGAUGACUUUAUGAAGAACAGCAAGAAACACUACAACUACGAGCACGCCAAGAUCAACUUCCGUGACAAGAAGAGUGCCAUCAAGGCCAUCAAUGAUUGGGCUUCAAAGUCUACUGAUGGAAAGUUGCCUUCAGUCACCAAAGAUGUUGAAAAGACAGAUGGCGCCAUGAUCAUCAAUGCCAUGUUUUACAAACCGCAUUGGGAUGAACACUUCCAUCACCAGAUGGUCGAUAACCGUGGCUUCCUCGUCCAUCAUUCAUACACUGUGGCAAUAUCCAUGAUGCACCGCACAGGUAUCUAUGGCUUUUACGACGACACUGCCAACAGCUUAUUUGUCUUGGAGAUGCCACUGGCUCAUAAGAAAUCCUCCGUAAUCUUAAUCAUGCCUUACCAUGUGGAGUCUCUGGAGAGGCUGGAGAAAAUGCUGACACGUAAACAGCUAGACAUCUGGCAGUCUAAGAUGGAGCAGAGAGCCGUAGCCGUCUCUUUACCAAAGGUCAGCAUGGAGGUCAGCCACAAUCUGCAGAAAUAUCUUAAAGGACUUGGUAUUACUGAGGCCAUGGAUAAAACCAAGGCUGAUUUAUCCAACAUCUCAGGAAAGAAAAACCUUUACCUGGCUAAUGUCUUGCAUGCCUCUGCGUUUGAGUGGGACAUUGCUGGCAACCCUGCAGACACCAGCAUCUUUGGCACAGACAAGGUGAAGAACCCCAAACUGUUCUAUGCGGACCAUCCGUUUAUCUUCCUGGUGAAAGAUAAGAUCACAAGCUCCAUUCUCUUCAUCGGUAGGAUGGUCCGUCCCAAAGGCGACAAGAUGAGAGACGAAUUAUAACUGUCUUCAAUGCAAGUUUGAAUUGAAUUCUAUGAAUAGCAUGUGUGCAUGUGUGUGCAAAUGAGAGUGAAAAAGAGAGAAAGAGGUGUGUGUGUGUGUAUGUCUGUGUGUGUGUGCGUGUGUGUGUGGCAUUAGCUUCCCACUGAACCAGCGGAGGACUGUUACCUCUGAGGACAUUCCAGAAGAUAUGUGGACCACAAAUGGAGGUUUAAGGCAUUUUCUUUCUCAAACUCACAAACACGCAUGUGCACUGUGUGUACUCAGCCAAAGCAAUCCAAUUCAGCUUCAGUGUUGUUUAUGUUUGUUUCCAUUCAAAGUUAUUUAAAGCGUAAAGAAAUUGAUGAGACAUUUGUGACAAAAUCGUCUUUAACUGUUCCGAUGCUGUUCCAAUACUGUUUGACCACCUUCAUUGUCUUCCCUUUAAUUCUAUACCACUAACAGCUUACAAAAACAGUGCAAUCUAAGUCAUUUCUUCGCCAAUCUGUGUUGUUUUCUUUGCAUUAUGUGCAAACCCUCAUGCUGAUUGGCUACUUAGCAUUUUGACUAAUUUUGCUCAUAGCCUGCUAUCUGUUAUCUGUUCUACUUUGUAUUUAGACACAGCUUCAUCCUCUGAAUUUGCUCAUAUGUAAAGAAAAUUGCAUGAGAUUUAGGUUUUCACUUGCUGACUUUACUUGACCUAAUAAAAGAACUGGAGCAGCUCUCAAAAUGGCAAAGGGGAUUCCCUGAAGGGGAAAGUCGAUAUGGGUGUGCUAAAACCAAUAAUGGCAAUGGCUAUGUUACCUGUCAUAUUGCCUUUUCCUGAUUCUACUCUUUACUCAUUCUGUCGAAGAAAGUAGGCUUAUUUUUUUGUCUAAAGCAAGAGCACGAUCACAUGUUAAUCUGAAGUACGGUCUCUGAGGUACAUCCUUUAACAUCAUUUUCUCAGGGUUUUAUCUUUUCUUGUACAUGCCUGAAUGGUUCUGCUGAGUUUCAAUAUAUGAAAGAUGAUCUGGGUUGAUAAAAUAUCCCAAUAUCUGAAGGAUUAUUCAAAUGUUUCACAAAGUGCACACAGAGUACAUUUCUGUCAACCCUUAGAUACACCUGUGUCUGGCCUGGUUGCAGUCCGCACUGAAAAUGCUUCUCGGCACUAGAAAACCUGUGACUGACUGAAUUUGUUGAUUGGCUUAGCUAUGAAAUGAUGCCAUGAUUUUUUUUUCCAAUAAAAUUUGCACCACCAAAAU